GCUGCCUUGCUGCUGCUGUUGGCGCAGCGGCGUGCGUUGUGGAGCGGUGGCCCUCUCCCCCCCGCGCUCCCUUCUUUCGCGCACUCGCGUUUCGCCCCUCCCUCUCCACUCGGCAGGAGUUGAAACCGGCCGAGUAGUUCGCUCGAAGGUGCACGUCCGCGCGGAAGCCCUGCGCUUUCUGUCGUUGUGCGGACCGCCGCUGCGGCCGUUGUUGUCCGAGAGAGAGACGCGUGCUGGUGUAUGUGCGCGCGCUCGCUUGCCUGUCGCUGAAGCCCAACAGCCCCCGAUCGAGGAGUCUCAUUUGUGUCGACGAGGAUGUGUCGCCACCGCCGUGCCCGGAGGCCCCGUCGCGGAUGCGGUGAUUGGUGACGACGACAGGCGCAGACCCCACCGCGAGCUCACACGAGACCGUUUGUUGCUGUCGCCGCCGACGCGCUUUCUUCACUACGUGACCCCCUGUAUGUGCGUUCUGUGCGACCAGGCCGCGGACGCGGACAUGCUCUCAGAAGUGGACCUCAUGGUUCAGCUGUCCUUGGGCAGCAGCCCACCUACGACUCUCAGUGGGUCUGGUACGACGGCAGGCUCCCAACUGGGCUCGCCUACAUCUCUGCCUGAGGCGUUUACGGCACCGAGCUCUGGUGGGGAAGGCAGCAGCGGGGGCAGCCCUUCCGAUGGUGUCACCGGGGGCAACGCAGCGCUAGCUCAGCUGAGCACAAAGUGCAGCCUCUGCCAUGACACCUUCACUAUCCCAAAGGUGUUAAACUGCCUGCACACAUUUUGUCAGCCAUGCCUGGAGAAAGAGUGCACAGGGGACAAAGUUCGCUGUCCUCAGUGCAACCAUGACACCCCCUUGCCACCAGGGGGCACAGCUGGCCUUCCUUCAGACUAUGCAGUUUCGAAUAUCCUAGAAACUGCUGCCCUUGAAGGUGCCAGCCUUGGCUGUACAGGUUGCAAGGGCAAGGAGUCCAGCGCAGUAGCACGGUGCUUUGACUGUGCCAACUUCCUGUGUCCCAACUGCGUGAUGGCCCACCAGUUCAUGCACUGCUUUGAGGGCCAUAGAGUACUGACGUUAGGGGAACUUCAGAGCGCACGGGACGGGCUGCGAGCGCCACAGGACAAACCGGUUGCCUGCCUACGCCACCGAUCAGAAGCCUUGCGUUACUUCUGCCGCUCGUGUGACACACCUGUCUGCAAGGAGUGUGCCUUGCUUGAUCACCCAAAGGCAAUGCAUGAUCUGGAGCCGCUGAGCGAAGCAGCGCCUCGUCACGUGGAGGGCCUGUCGCACAUGGUGGAGGAUGGACGGGUCAAGUCGCACGAUCUCAGGGCAGCACUCAAGACCCUCGAGCAGGUGUCAAGCCGUCUCCAAGCUCAGUACCAGCGAGCCCAAGGGGAGGUUGCCGACACUUUCCACUUCUACCGCUCCAUGCUCGAGGAGCGACGGCAGGAGACCCUGCGCGAGCUUGAGAAUGUGUACAACGCUAAGAUGGUCUCCCUAGGUCUGCUUGGACAGAAGGUUCAAGAUACCAUCGAACGAAUCCACCAGGUGUGUGCCUUUGUCGAGCGGCUGACUCGCUUCUCUACAAGCACCGAGGCUCUAGUCUUCAAGCAGCUGCUGGAGGCAAAGUUCCAGGGGUUUUUGUCGUUUCGGCCAGAGGCUGGGCUCCAUGGCAUGGACCUUGAAUUUGUGUCCAACUAUCAGGCGAUCCAAGUGGGUGUGCGCAACACUUUUGGCUACAUCAAGCAGGGUGGAGCACCUGAGGGGGCCCCGCGGCAACCGCCCAUUGCUCGGCCCAAUGGUGUGGUCCUCGGCCCAGCUGAGCGUAGUUCCACCCUGCAUCAGAAUGGGCACCACCCUCCACCACCUCCAACGUCUCCUUUUGAGUCGAACCUCCUGUCAAAGCGAUUCAGUUCGGCCAACAGUCUCGGACCGUUCUCAACCAGUCUUGCCGAUGUCAGCCCCUAUGAGAAAUGGUCCAGUGGAGGCGCUGACAUUUUCCACAACGGCUCAGACUUCGGUGCUCCUCAAGACGCUCCUGCGGCCCCCCCACAGAAUGCCCUGGCUGAACUGUCAUCGAAGUACCUAGCUGGCACAGGAGUAGGGCUGUAUCCGCUCAAGUCGCAGAUCAAGCGGCAAAAGAUGAUCUAUCAUUGCAAGUUUGGAGAGUUUGGCGUAAUGGAGGGCCAGUUCACGGAGCCCUCAGGCGUGGCUGUGAACGCACAGAAUGACAUUGUUGUGGCUGACACGAACAACCACCGCAUCCAGAUUUUCGACCGGGAAGGUCGCUUCAAGUUCCAGUUCGGUGAAUGCGGGAAGCGUGAUGGACAGCUCCUUUACCCAAACCGAGUUGCCGUGGUGCGCCAAUCUGGGGACAUUGUAGUGACGGAGCGCUCGCCAACUCAUCAGAUCCAGAUUUACAACCAAUAUGGGCAGUUUGUACGCAAGUUUGGCGCCGUCAUCCUGCAGCACCCGCGCGGCGUUGCCGUGGACCCCAAGGGACGCGUGGUCGUUGUCGAGUGCAAGGUGAUGCGGGUCAUUAUCUUCGACCAGAGUGGCAACGUGCUGCAAAAGUUUGGCUGCUCCAAACACCUGGAGUUUCCCAAUGGCGUGGUGGUCAACGACCGGCAAGAGAUAUUCAUCUCGGACAACCGGGCACACUGCGUCAAGGUGUUCAACUAUGACGGGGUUUUCCUGCGACAGAUCGGUGGAGAGGGCUUGACGAACUAUCCCAUUGGGGUCUGCAUGAACCAGGGGGGCGAGAUCCUGGUUGCGGACAACCACAACAACUUCAACGUGACUGUGUUCACCCAGGACGGGCAGCUCGUGAACGCUCUAGAGUCCAAAGUCAAGCACGCACAGUGCUUUGAUGUGGCCCUCAUGGAUGAUGGCUCAGUGGUGCUGGCCAGCAAGGACUACCGGCUGUACGUCUAUCGCUAUGUGCAGCUUCCCGCAUCAUCCUCGGCUCCUCCGGGCUCGGGGGGUGGCGGCGGGGGUGGCAGCGGCGGCUGUCUCUGAUGGGAGAGUUGGGGGUCACCUUUGUUGCUGCGCCUUGUUUCCACGGGCUCUCUCCCUCUUUCACACGCACUCCUUCCUCGUUACAUUUUUAUCACCAUCAUAUGACCUCAUUUUUCGCAUGCCUCUUGCUCUGUGUUUUUUUUUUCUUUUUAAAGUGGUUUGGUAAUUGUGAGAAGGAUUGUGUGUAUAGCUUCUUUUUUUUAAUAAGAGCAAGAGGCGCCUGGUUGAAGAGGGAGAAAAAGCCAGUAUUCUCACCCCCUCCCCCCUUCUUUUCUCUCGUCAUGGUCCGUGAAGGGACUUCACAAUGUUUAGCCAGUGAUUGGCAGUUUUUAUCAAGAAGGCACCACCACUGCUGUUCCUUUUAAACAUGCCUAUUUUUUUUUUCUUACGACAGGCUUGCUGUCACUUGUGUUGUGGCCUGUGUCAUGCUUUUUUUUUUGAUCUGAUCUACUUAAGUUAUUUGGGUUUUUAGUGCAUAUGGUUUCAUUGUUUAUUUAAACCAUAUAUAAUCUACACACAGAGGCUCUUGUUAUGUUAAGUAGCAUAGUUGUUGUAGCGUUGUUUCCUUCAUUUUUUUUUUUACAUUUCCUGAAUUUUUUUUUCCUGUUUGGUUUGUGGGAUUUCCUCAACCGAUAUGAUUAUUACCUUUCGUUUGGAGCUUCUCCUUUAUUUAGUCGUGUCCGGUUAAGUCUGUUUGCUGUUUAUUGCAUUCUUUGUUUGGUUGGCUUCUUAUUCCUUUCCCGUACACCCCCCCCUCCCCACUCUCCCCUUUUUAGUAUUUUGUUUUCAAUGUUUAUUAUAUGCUCUCUGUUAGAUCUUGUUUGUUUGGGUUGCCUAGGAGAGCUUUUGAGGUUACAAGCUUUUUUGUGUACGGUCCUAGUCAUAAACCGUGAGUGGUGCAGCGGGAAAAAAAAAAGUAAUCUGUUGUUUAGGAGCCCACAGAUCACACACUUACACGUACACAUACAAAAAAAAACUGUAUUAUGGGGAAAUGCUGCAGAACAAGAGGUAGACAAUAGUCAUGCCAAAGAGAUGUCCUGGGCAGGCAUCUUUGAAGGAAGUGGGUUAGUUUUCACUGCCAUAUUUUAGGCCAGUUCUGUCAUCAGCCAGCUUCUUGAGGCAGCUGUGAUUGGUUUUAUGCCCGUGUGUGUGCAUGGAGGGGCCAGUCAUAAGCGAUAUCACUUCUCAUUUUACUCCCUUCCCUCUCUUUUUUUUAAUCCUGUUUCAAUAUUUUAAUUUUUUUCUUCUUUUUUGUCGCUCAGAAGAGCCAUGUGGUGUUUGGCAUUGAGUUUGUUACCUGAAUGUGUUUGAGUAAUAUUGUGGAGUUCGGAUGCUCAUGUGCAAAGGCAAUUGUGCCAAGCGUUUGUCAAUGUCCUUCCUCCUGGUUUUCCCCUUGUAUCACCACUCCCUCCCUAAGCCGGUGUGCCAGUCUUUUUUUUUUUUGUGGGCGUAACUACCAGGCACUUUUAGUGUGAUCUGUGGAAAACUCGCUUGUCUUUCCAUGUGUUUGGAGGGAAAGCUUUACAUCAGCAGUCUGAGGAGGUAUAUCCUUAUCUUUUCCCGCCCAAAGUUGUUAAACAGUUAAUACUGCCAUUGUCCCUUAGGUGCUGGCUCUGGCAGUUACAGCCUGAGGCAUCACCUCCACCGGUUUAUUUCACAUGAUUCUCGUAGCAACUGCAGUUAACAAUUUUUGCAGGCGGGGGGUCAUAGCUUGUUAAAUGUGAAGGAGAAAUUUUCCAUACUAUGGAUGAAAUUUCCAGUGAGUGUAUCUCCCUUCAGCUCAGUUUUAUUCUGCGGCUAGUCAUCGGGGGCUGCCGUCAUCUGAGGAGUUUCCCUGUCCAACCUUCGUUCUGAGGUCUCGUGAAAUGCAUGUAGCCGUUACUACUAUUACUACUGUAUGUGGGAUGCCCCACCAAACCAAACAGAAUGAUGAAAUAAGAAGGUUGAGGAUGUUAUCUUCGCUGUCUGGUCUGGAGCUCUUUUUUAUGAGUUAAGUUUUUUUGUUCAUUGAGUUUGUGUUGUUUAAAAGGAAGUUUUAGUUUGCGCCAUUCUGUUUUUAUAUUAAGGGAGCAAAGCCUUUCGUGCUGUUGACACACUACUGCUUCUCUUUUCAUUUGUUCUGGAGGCUUUCUUUUUUCCCUUGUCCUUUGCAUUUACAUGUUACUGCCAUUCAUAUAACUUGCACUACACAGCCGAAUUUGUUCUAGAAGUGGCUGGGUGGGACACUUCACAUCUGUCUGCUUUGUUGUAAUUUUUAUUUUUUGUCUGUUGUAAUACUGUGGAUAUGCGAACGCACAUGUAUGGAUCUUGCGGGCAGUGCUGUUGUAGCGAGGCGCGCAGCAUAAUGUUGCUUGGCAUGUGAAAAAAAAACGGCAGGUACGACAUGUAAUGCUCAAGGUUUCGACGACCGCCUCACAACAGUGUGCAUUUUUGCUUGUCGUCAGCAGAUGUGAACGCUAUGUUGUUUACUCCUAUAUAACUCAUUUCUCUACACAGAAUUUGCAGUUGUGAUUCACCAAGCACACAAACACGAGGUAUUCUGUUGAAUAAACUAUUUUUGUUGUUUCA